AUGGAGGAAGACGAGUGGCAUCAAGUCCGUCCCAAGGGGACCCGUUACCAGCUUCACAACCUGUUUGCGGAGAACAUUACAUACGACAUUACGGCUGAAUAUCUCUAUAGGAUUUUCGGGAGAUACGGGAAAAUCACAGACACUUUCAUCCCCACUAAUCCCGGCCUAAAUCGUUCUCGUGGGUAUGGAUUCAUCAGAUUCGUAUACAAAGCAGACGCGCAACCUGCCCUCGAUAUCCUCAAUGGAAAAAGGGUAAAUGGACGCAUCAUCAUUGUCCAGAAAGCAAAGGUUCGGUCCCAACCCGCCCCCUUCACCCAUCAGGGCGCCAGGGGAAGCACUCUCGCCCCUGCUUCUAGGGUGUUCCCUCCAAGGACUGUUACAUCUUAUGUUUUGGUAGUUAGAGGACAGGACCUUUCGAGCCAGUCAAAUGUUCGAAGAAAUGCCACUACCACUGAUCCUCACCCAGCAGGUCCAAUCCUCAAUCCCACAGGGAAGGAGCUCGCCAAAAUGCCUUAUCCAAAUCAGGCCAGCUGGAGGAUAUCCAGUCCAGCGAGUGUAGAGAAGGUGCUCGAUCAUUUGCCAAGGCCAGCUGGAUAG